UGGCUGGACUUGAACUACGCAUGCGCGAGUGAUGACUAGCUGGCUGCCGCUGAGGACAGACGGCUCCUUAGCCAGAAGUUAGGUUACGCUAAUGAAAGUUUCUUGCUGCGUGUUUUGAUUUGUUUGAAGAUUUAUGAAAGAAAUGGCUCCGCGUGUGGACUGAGCACUGGAGAACCUUCUGCUCACCCAGCUCUAUCGAGUCCGUGCCUUUGCACGUCUGCCUGAACUCUCGAGUUUCAGAGCUGUCAUCGCGAGAGUGCGAGAAUCGGCCGCACUGUUGGACAGUUCCCUCUCGUCUAGUCGCUGGGGGAGGAACUUCUCGGACGCGAGCGCGCGUGCGCGCGCGAGGCCCCGCCCUCCUCGCGCUGUCCACAUGCUGCCCGCGCGCCUGGCUUGCGGGCUGCUCUGCGGGCUCCGGCGGGGCCCCGCGCCGGCCGCUGCGUGCUACGGCCCAGCACGGUGGCUUCUGGAGGGGAAGUGUGAGGUCCCCAUCCGCCAGCGUGCAUCAUCCUUGGGCCGUCGGGUUCCCCCGAGCUCCACGGCGACCGAGGACUAUGCAGAAGGCCCGGACACGGAGGAACGCUUUCUGUUCCCGGAGUACGUCCCGGAGCGGACCCCGGAGGAACAAGUGCGGGAGUUGCAGGAGCUGCGGGAGUUGCAGCAGCUGCAGCAGGAGAAGGAACGAGAGAGAUUGCAGCAGCGGGAGGAGCGGCUUCAGCAGAAGCUGCGGGCGGGCUUCCGGACGCUGCCUGUCCCGGAGUUUCCAGACGCCUCGGUGCCGCCCAGCGGCAUCUACUGCUCGGGCUGCGGAGCCGAGCUGCACUGCCAGCAUCCCGGCCUGCCGGGCUACCUGCCGGAGGAGAAGUUCCGCGACGCUGCCCAGGCGGAAGGCGGCCCGGCGCGGACCGUGUGCCAACGCUGCUGGCUGCUGGUGCACCACGGACGAGCCCUGCGCCUGCAGGUAAGCCGCGAUCAGUACCUGGAGCUUGUGAGCGCAGCGCUGCGGCGUCCCGGGCCGGCUCUGGUGCUCUAUAUGGUGAAUCUUCUAGACCUGCCGGACGCCCUGCUGCCCGACCUGCCCAAGCUGGUGGGCCCCAAGCAACUCAUCGUGCUGGGGAACAAAGUGGACCUGCUGCCCCAGGACGCUCCCGGCUACUUGAAGCGGCUGCGGAAGCGGCUGUGGGACGAUUGCAUCCGCGCCGGGCUCGUGGUGGCUCCUGGUCAUCAAGGACCACAGUACCCUGCCGGGGAUGAGCCACUGGAGGAGAUAAAGAAUCAGAAUCCGUCCUCCAGGUCCCGCACGGUAGUCAAGGACGUGCGACUGAUCAGCGCCAAGACGGGCUAUGGAGUUGAAGAAAUGAUCUCUGCUCUUCAGCGCUCCUGGCGCUACCGUGGUGAUGUCUACCUGGUGGGCACCACUAAUGCUGGCAAGUCCACUCUCUUUAACACACUCCUGGAGUCUGAUUACUGCACCGCCAAGGGCUCCGAAGCCAUCGACCGGGCCACCAUCUCCCCCUGGCCAGGCACCACAUUAAACCUCCUGAAGUUUCCUAUUUGCAACCCGACUCCUUACAGAAUGUUCAAAAGACAAAGAAGGCUUCAAGAAGAUGCGACCAAAGCUGAGGAAGAUCUUAGUGAGGAAGAACAAAGUCAGCUCAAUCAACUGAAAAAGCACGGCUACAUAGUAGGAAGAGUUGGAAGAACAUUCUCGUACUCCAGAGAACAGGACGAAGUUCCCUUUGAGUUUGAUGCCGACUCCCUGGCCUUUGACAUGGGAAGUGAACCAGUUGUGUCUGUGUGCAAAAGCACCAAGCAAAUAGAGCUAACCCCAGAGGACGUGAAAGACGCCCACUGGUUUUAUGACACCCCUGGAAUUACAAAAGAAAGCUGUGGAAAUCAGUCAGCCUGGUUCACAGUUGUGGCUUCCAACUUCCUUCCUGUUCAUAUUACUUCCUUGGACAAGGCAGAUGCUCUGUAUGAGAAACAUGCAGGUCACGAGCUACUGCUGGUUCCAAUGGGUGGAAAAGAACGAAUGGCCCAGUUUCCCCCUCUUGUUGCUGAAGACAUUACAUUAAAGGGAGGUGGAAAAUUUGAAGCAGUAGCUGAUAUCAAGUUCUCCUCUGCAGGUUGGGUUGCAGUAACACCUUAUUCUGAGGGCACGCUGCAUCUCCGAGGUCACACACCUGAAGGGACUGCUCUGACUGUCCACCCCCCUGUCUUGCCAUAUAUCGUUAAUGUCAAAGGACAGCGCAUGAAGAAAAGUGUGGCCUAUAAAACCAAGAAGCCUCCGUCCCUGGUGCACAACCUGAAGAAGCACAGAUGAGUGAGGCAGACAUGGGUCCCACUGGGCAGUGAGUACUGAAAUGUGUGAAAUGUACUAAACACAAAAAUAAUAAAGACACGCAAAAACUUAUUGUUAAAGAUCUUAAAAAGUCAAGUUUUUUAACUAUUUGAGACUAUGCUUAUAUAAUAAUUAUUUAUAAAUAAAAAUCUUUCUUUCUUA